AUGAACCGAAGCGCGGACUUUCAGACCGAAGAAAUAGCAUCAGAAUGCGAAUUUGUUACUUUUUUGGGCGGGACACUAAAUGAAAGUACCACAGAGGCAUAUACGGUAAUCGUGUAUCUUAUAAUCAUAAACCUAAUUUGUUUGCCCAUAACAAGCAUCUCAAACGCACUGGUCAUAUUCGCCGUGAAAACCAAACUACGCCUGAAAACCAUGAGCAACAUUGCCCUCGCUUGCUUGGCGACAACCGACUGUGUGAUGGGGGUGAUUGGACAGCCCUUUUUCACCGUAGGACUGGCAGUAUUGCUACAGGGAGAAGGAUCAAGUGCGUACUGCCCGCUUUUAGCAACGUCAACAAACGUUGUUAGAGUGUUAGGCAUGGCUUCAAUUCUUCACUUAACACUUAUGAACAUGGAAAGAGACAUUGCUAUAAUGCACUCGCUAAAGUACACAACAUUAGUCACCAUAAGACGUUUACUCUGUUGCUCCGUUUUCGUGUGGUUUGUUUCUUUCAUUGUCCCAUUACUUCUCCUUUUUCUAGGAAGGGAUAUUUACUUAAAAAUUACCAAUUUGAUAUCAGGCUCAUGUAUGGGCAUCAUACUCUUCUGUCAAAUUGUGAUUUUCCAGGAAACUAAAUGACAUAGAAAAUAUAUAGCCGCCCACCAGGUUUCAACAGAAAACAGGCAAAAAUUCCUUAAAGACAAGAAAGCUUUGCAGCACAUAACAACUAUACUCUUUUUCUUAGUAUUGACAUAUACACCUGCGUUUUUUGUUCGAAUGCUCAUAACAAAUUCUAUCAUCCAGUCAUUAAAUGUAGCAUAUAGUAGUCUGAUGUUGGCAGUUUUUGCAGUCAUUCUUAACUCGCUCAUAAACCCAGUUAUUUACUGCAUCAGAAUAAGAGAGUUUCGCGUGGCUUUUAUUGAAAUACUCUGCAGAAAAACAACUGUACAAACUGAGAACACUAAAAAACGAACAUUUGGAACAAAGAACAAUGGAGUAACGCAUGAACCAGGGAUUAAUGGAGAAGUAGGAAUGAGGAAAAUAAAACAACAACAACAACGUGGUGGCUGUGAACAGAUUAACAGUGAGAGCAAUAACAGUAAUAACAUCGGUGACAACGAUACUAACAAGGAAAUAGCUAUGGAGACGAUGAUACAAGAACAGCAACAACAUGGUCGCUGUGAACAGAUUAACGGUGAGAGCAAUAACGAUAACAACAUAGGUGACAACGAUACUAACAAGGAAAUAGCAAUGAAGACGAAGAUACAAGAACAGCAACAACAU